UCCGCAACCUGACCAUCCCGUGACCCCCACCAUCCUCCCGACCCCCAUCUGUCCCCUCUGGAGGGGCAUCUCCCCCCAGCGCGGGGCAGAGCAGCCCUUUCCAUCGGGGUGUUCGUGCUGUCGGUGUGAUUUCAUGCAAGAUGCCAGUGACCAUUCAGAAACUGAAGUGAAGAAAUGCAUCAUACCAUCAGUUGCUGAACCAUCAGAGGACCAGAGACCUAUAGUUGAAUUCCCACCAUCACUGAACGACUUCCCACCAGUCGAGACAUUCUUGCCUGAACCCUCACAGUCUGGGGGUAAAAUAUCUCAGGCUGGGCUGUCGGCACCUGUAGUCAAACCAACAUGUGAAAUAUCAGAGCAGCCAAUGGUGUAUGAAGACCCCUAUGAAGUCUCUGUUAAGUACAUGGAGAAACAUAAUAUUCUGCAGAUAUUUCAGGAGAUCACAGUAAAACUGAUGUACGAGAAGCCUGAUGACCCUUUGCAGUUCAUGUUGCUGCAGGUGCAGUCUAUGAUAAAUGCCCGGCAGGCAGAAAUGGAGGGAGUAUUGGAUGAGAGCAAAGAUAGAGAGGAGUUUCUGAAACAAGUCCUGUGCACUCCUUCUGGCCCUUACUGACCUUGCUAUUGUGAUGUUGCACAUGGCCUUCGCAGCAUCCUGCUUUUGCAACCAGUGGAAGUAAAUUUGGAAAUGUCUGCUGGUAUCUCUCUUUCUUGAUUUUUCAUGUGAUUCUGCUUCCCCUUUAAUAUAAAUCCUGCAAUCUAGUAUCUUUAUGGACACACAAAAUCAAAUCUAAAAGAGUGCAUGAACCUGCAUGCACAUAUGGCACAUUUUAAAAGGCUGCUCUCCUGAAAUCUUGUAUGGUCCAUACAAAUCCACAACUCCCACAUGUAGGCCACCACUAGAUUCAACUUUUCUGUGCAGGGAAACCUCACAGCACAGACAAUACAAGUGCAAAAGCAAGUAGAAUUAAAAAAGCAGCCCUGGACAACCCACAGUCCUCACUUUUUCAUGCUGCAUUGGUGGCUGUCUUAAACUAUGCAGUAUCACCAAUGCCCAUCUAACACUUUGAAAUCCAUGCUGGGAGAGGCUCAGCCAGUGGUUUUUCUGACGCCCCAAAGCUCCUCUGGCACAAGGAGCCAUCUCUUUGUUGCUUCCACACACCGUCAGUAGCUUUCUCACUCUUAACUAUCCAUGCCAGGUUCAGAUCACUCUGUUUUUUGGUGCUGCCCUGCCUGUAUCAUUGCAAGUACAGUGUGUAUUUUGAUUAAAAGAACAGUAAAGCAACAGUUGCCUACACGCUCUAUGGCUUCAGAAGGCACUGAGGCACUGCCACUCGGGAAUGUGAGAGGUGAAUAAAACUAAACAAACCCAAGACA